ACACUAGCUAAUCAGCUCGCUAGCAACGCGGUGGUUGCGCUGCUCUGCUCUCCUCUGCAAGCAACGAACCAACGCGGCGGCAUUAUUAUACCACCCACCCGUCCCACAGCUCAGACCAGAGCAGAGCGGCGCGCGCGGCACCACCUUGCUACUGGCCAUCGUGCCUGCGCAUGUGAGCCAGCGGCGCGAGGAGAGGGAAGAGUCCGUCCGCAUUGCAUCCGCCGUCCGCCGGGGGUGGCACGCGAGGUCCUGCGGGGGCGCGGCGCGAUGGAGGCGAGCGCGGGGCUGGUGGCCGGGUCGCACAACCGGAACGAGCUGGUGGUGAUCCGGCGGGAGUCGGGGGCUGGCGGCGGCGCGGCGCGGCGGGCGGAGGCGCAGGCGCCGUGCCAGAUAUGCGGCGACGACGUCGGGGUGGGCUUCGACGGGGAGCCCUUCGUGGCGUGCAACGAGUGCGCCUUCCCCGUCUGCCGCGCCUGCUACGAGUACGAACGCCGCGAGGGCUCGCAGGCCUGCCCGCAGUGCAGGACCCGCUACAAGCGCCUCAAGGGGUGCCCGCGGGUGGCGGGCGACGAGGAGGAGGACGGCGUCGACGACCUGGAGGGCGAGUUCGGCCUACAGGACGGCGCCGCCCGCGAGGACGACGCACAGUACGUCGCCGAGUCCAUGCUGCGGGCGCAGAUGAGCUACGGCCGUGGCGGCGACGCGCACCCGUUCAACGCCAUCCCCAAUGUGCCGCUCCUCACCAACGGCCAGAUGGUUGACGACAUCCCGCCGGAGCAGCACGCGCUGGUGCCGUCCUACAUGGGUGGAGGCGGCGGCGGCAAGAGGAUCCACCCGCUCCCCUUCGCAGAUCCAGUGCAACCGAGAUCCAUGGACCCGUCCAAGGAUCUGGCCGCCUAUGGCUACGGGAGCGUGGCCUGGAAGGAGAGGAUGGAGGGCUGGAAGCAGAAGCAGGAGCGGCUGCAGCAGCUCAGGAGCGAGGGGGGUGGUGAUUGGGACGGCGACGAUGCAGAUCUGCCACUAAUGGAUGAAGCGCGACAGCCAUUGUCCAGAAAAAUUCCGAUACCGUCAAGCCGAAUUAAUCCCUAUAGGAUGAUUAUCAUUAUCCGUUUGGUGGUUUUGGGGUUCUUCUUCCACUACCGGGUGAUGCAUCCGGUGAACGAUGCGUUUGCUCUAUGGCUCAUAUCUGUAAUAUGUGAAAUCUGGUUUGCCAUGUCUUGGAUUCUUGAUCAAUUCCCAAAGUGGCUUCCAAUUGAGAGAGAGACUUACCUAGACCGUUUAUCACUAAGGUUUGACAAGGAAGGUCGACCCUCUCAACUUGCCCCAGUUGACUUCUUUGUCAGUACAGUUGAUCCGUCAAAGGAACCUCCUUUGGUCACUGCAAACACUGUCCUCUCCAUCCUUUCUGUGGAUUAUCCUGUUGAUAAGGUCUCCUGCUACGUUUCUGAUGAUGGUGCUGCAAUGCUUACGUUUGAAGCACUGUCUGAAACAUCUGAAUUUGCAAAGAAAUGGGUCCCUUUCUGCAAAAAAUUCAAUAUUGAGCCUCGUGCUCCAGAGUGGUACUUCCAACAGAAGAUAGACUACCUGAAAGAUAAGGUUGCUGCGUCCUUUGUUAGGGAGAGGAGAGCAAUGAAGAGAGAGUAUGAGGAAUUCAAGGUAAGAAUCAAUGCCCUGGUUGCAAAAGCCCAAAAGGUUCCCGAGGAAGGAUGGACAAUGCAGGAUGGAAGCCCCUGGCCUGGAAACAAUGUGCGUGAUCAUCCUGGAAUGAUUCAGGUAUUCCUUGGUCAAAGUGGUGGUCGUGAUAUCGAAGGAAAUGAGCUCCCUCGCCUGGUUUAUGUCUCAAGAGAAAAAAGACCAGGCUAUAACCAUCAUAAGAAGGCUGGUGCCAUGAAUGCACUGGUUCGUGUCUCUUCUGUGUUAUCAAAUGCUCCAUACCUAUUGAACUUGGACUGUGAUCACUACAUCAACAAUAGCAAGGCAAUAAAAGAAGCUAUGUGUUUCAUGAUGGACCCUUUGUUGGGGAAGAAAGUGUGCUAUGUGCAGUUCCCCCAGAGGUUUGAUGGUAUUGACCGUCACGAUCGAUACGCUAACAGAAAUGUUGUCUUUUUCGAUAUCAACAUGAAAGGUUUGGACGGUAUUCAAGGACCCAUCUAUGUUGGUACUGGAUGUGUCUUUAGACGGCAGGCACUGUAUGGUUACGAUGCUCCCAAAACAAAGAAGCCCCCAUCAAGAACAUGUAAUUGCUGGCCCAAGUGGUGUUUGGGUUUCUGCUGCAGUAAAAGGAAUAAGAAGAAGACAACAAAAUCGAAUCCGGAGAAGAAGAAAAGAUUAUUUUUCAAGAAAGCAGAAAAUCCAUCUCCUGCAUAUGCUCUGGGCGAAAUUGAGGAAGGUGUUCCAGGAGCUGAAAAUGAGAAGACUGGAAUUGUAAAUCAACAGAAGCUAGAAAAGAAAUUUGGGCAGUCUUCUGUUUUUGUUGCAUCAACACUUCUGGAGAAUGGUGGGACCCUAAAGAGUGCAAGUCCAGCUUCUCUACUAAAGGAAGCUAUACAUGUUAUCAGUUGCGGUUAUGAAGACAAAACAGACUGGGGUAAAGAGAUUGGCUGGAUUUAUGGAUCUAUUACAGAAGAUAUCUUGACUGGAUUUAAGAUGCACUGUCAUGGUUGGCGGUCUAUUUACUGCAUCCCAAAGCGGCCUGCAUUCAAGGGUUCUGCACCUUUGAAUCUUUCUGAUCGUCUUCACCAGGUCCUUCGCUGGGCUCUUGGAUCUGUUGAAAUUUUCUUCAGCAAACACUGCCCACUUUGGUAUGGGUAUGGUGGCGGGCUAAAAUUUUUGGAGAGGUUUUCAUAUAUUAAUUCUAUCGUAUAUCCCUGGACAUCCAUUCCGCUUUUGGCUUACUGUACCUUGCCUGCCAUAUGCUUGCUCACUGGGAAAUUUAUCACACCAGAGCUUAGCAAUGUUGCCAGUAUCUGGUUCAUGGCACUUUUCAUCUGCAUCUUUAUCACGGGCAUCCUUGAAAUGAGAUGGAGUGGUGUGGCCAUUGAUGACUGGUGGAGAAAUGAGCAGUUCUGGGUCAUUGGAGGUGUUUCUUCACAUCUCUUUGCAGUGUUCCAAGGACUUCUGAAGGUCCUUGCCGGUAUCGAUACCAGCUUCACUGUCACAUCGAAGGGUGGGGAUGAUGAAGAGUUCUCAGAGCUAUACACGUUCAAAUGGACCACCCUGCUGAUACCUCCAACUACUCUGCUCCUGCUGAACUUCAUUGGAGUUGUAGCUGGAAUCUCUAAUGCAAUCAACAACGGGUAUGAGUCAUGGGGGCCUCUCUUUGGGAAGCUGUUCUUUGCAUUCUGGGUGAUCGUCCAUCUGUAUCCAUUCCUCAAGGGUUUGGUGGGAAGACAAAACAGGACACCGACAAUAGUCAUUGUCUGGUCCAUCCUCCUGGCCUCAAUCUUCUCACUCCUGUGGGUCCGCGUGGAUCCUUUCCUUGCAAAGAAUGACGGCCCUCUUCUGGAGGAAUGUGGUCUUGACUGCAACUAAGAGGCCUCGAGUCAUCAUCUGUGCAUCAGGCACUGCACGCUUGAAGAAAUUCUUUUGCAGGCGAAUUAUGCCCACGUUUUUGGAAUUCUUUCCUGUAGAUAGAAACACAGAGCCCCAGCGUUUCUUUCGUUCCAUGGUGGUAGCUCAGCCUCAUCUGUCAUAUUGGGGGCAAACUGGAUUUUAUGACAUCCUUGUGCAGUUCUUCCACCGAAGAAAGUUCAUGCCUGACGUUGAUUCUUCAACAUUCUUUAUUUAUUUGAGGAAAACCACAAUGUAAUCUAUCAAAGUUGCUUCCAUCUGGAGUUUGUCUCGCAACAGGGCAGGAGUUGAUCUUCCACCUGGAGAAGAGGAACUUGCCAAUUUUUUACGUAGUACAUUAAACAAAGUUAUAUCAUGCACAUUCCAGAGUAUGUUCACUCUAUAUUUCCAUACAGUUGAUAUAUUAGCUAGAAGAGAUUUGGUAGGAUUUCAAUUCUUCUUAGCAGUCUGGUGUUGUAGAAUUGCCCAUUCGCUGAAAAUCGCGAUGGGCAGUGUUGUUUGCUUGUGUAAUCAUGUACACACUCUCUUGUUAUUCUUCACAUUUUGAAAGAAGAAAGAUUGGGACAUUUGCUCCGUGAA